UAAAUAGAUAGAUAAAAAGAAAAAGUUCCCUUUGUUUUCCAAAUUCAAAACAACUAAAGAGGAAGAGAGACAUAACCUGGAGGGAUCAAAAGAAAAUGGAGAACCCUUGAAUCCGAAGCUUUGUUUCACCAUCCCAACCUGUCUGUCAGCCUUGCCUUUCAAGCAAAUACUCAUACCCAAAGCACUAUCACACAUGCACACUUCCUCUCUCUGUUUUCAACUUCCUUAUACCAUACCAGAAUGAUCAUAAUUUUUGGUUGCUUGUGAAGAAGGUUCGCUCUCUGAAAUUCUAGGUUUCCUUCGGAGCUUUCCUCUAUUCUCAAAGAACCAGCAGAUGGGGUCCUUUCAAUCACCAAUGGGAAUGCGAAGCUCUGCAUCGGUAGAGGCAUCAUGUGGAUACUUGCUUCAAGAAUUACAGAUGAUAUGGGAUGAAGUUGGGGAAGACCAGUUCGAGAGGGAAAAAGUUCUUCUGGACUUGGAGCAGGAGUGUCUAGAGGUCUACAGAAAAAAAGUUGACAGUGCAAACAUUUCAAGAGCAAGGCUGCAUCAGGAGUUAGCAGAAUCUGAGGCUGAAUUUACACACCUCCUUCUGGCCCUCGAUGAACGGUCUCUCCCGGGGCGGCCAGAGAAAAUGACAGGAAGCUUGAAGGAGCAACUAGAUUCAAUUAGCCCAGCUUUACGGGAAAUGCAAUUGAGGAAAGAAGAGAGGGUGAAGCAAUUCCAAGCUGUGCAAAAGCAAAUUCAGAGAAUUUCUGCAGAGAUAGCAGGCCAGUCAGAAUGUGAUGAUUCAUCAUCAAAAAUCACAGUGAAUGAGAAUGAUCUAUCACUGAAGAAACUUGAAGAGUACCAAUCAGAGCUGGAAAGGCUUCAUAAUGAGAAGAAUGAUAGACUCCAAAAAGUGGAAAAAUAUAUAAGAAAUGUACAGAACUUGUCAGCCACACUGGGAAUGGAGUCAUCAACAAUCAUCACAAAAGUUCACCCAAGCUUAAAUGAGUUGUCUGGACUGUCAAAGAACAUAAGCGACACUAUUUUGGCUAAACUAAACAGCACUGUGGAGUCUCUCAAAGAAGAAAAGCACAUGAGACUAGAGAAGCUCCAGCAUCUUGGUAAAGCAUUGACAAACUUGUGGAACCUUAUGGACACACCUUACGAAGACUGCCAAUUGUUCAGCCAUAUUAUCAGCUUAUUAUCAGUUUCACCAGCAGAAGUAUCCUCCCCUGGAAGCAUCACCCUUGAUAUAAUCCAGCAGGCUGAGGCCGAAGUCAAGAGGCUGGAUCAACUGAAAGCAAGCAAGAUGAAAGAGCUUUUCUUUAGGAAACAGUUUGAGCUUGAGGAGAUAUGCAAUAGAUCACACAUGGAGAUCCCUUCACAGUCAGAGAUGGACAAAAUAAUAAAUCUAAUGAAUUCUGGCGAAAUUGACCAUGCCGAUCUCCUCAUGAGCAUGGAUGACCAGAUAUCUAAAGCAAAAGAAGAAGCAUCUAGCAGGAAGGUUAUAAUGGAGAAGGUGGAAAAAUGGAUGGCAGCACGUGGUGAGGAGAGGUGGCUGGAAGAAUAUAGCAUGGAUGAGAAUCGGUAUUCAGUCAGUAGAGGUGCUCACAAGAAUCUGAGACGUGCAGAACGUGCCCGAAUAAUGGUGAACAAAAUUCCUGCUUUGGUGGACUCAUUGAUAGCUAAAACUAAAGAUUGGGAAGAAGAACGAAAUAAAGUUUUCUUAUAUGACGAGGUACCCCUACUAGCAAUGUUGGAAGAAUACAAUAUGCUAAGGCAGGAAAAGGAAGAAGAGAAGAAGAGACAAAAGUUGGGCUUCUCUCUAAAGGAAAAGAAGAAGGUUCAGAGUAGGGUAGUAGUCGAGCAAGAAAAUUCAUUUGGGCCCAGACCAAGCACCAGCAAUCGGCGUCUUUCAAACAGAAGCUUCAACGGGAGUUUUAACAAUGCUACCCCUUUAAACAGAAGGCUUUCUCUGGCAAUACAGCAGCUAGGAUCAAAUAGCAUCAGUUCAGCAAGUCAAGGAAUAACCUUCGUAAAAGAAGGAAAGAAAGUGCACAACCAGAACAUGUUUGCACGAAGCAGCAUUCCUUCUCAUCUAAGAGAAGAUACAGCUUCAGUAGUCUCGACAUUUUCUGGCCCUAUAUCACCUUGAACUCCAACUAGUAUUAAUCGCUUUUUAAGCAUGACAUGAACUUAUGAAGUAGAAUAAAUUAUAGAAGGCUUCUUGUCUGUAAUAGGUCCUGCACAAAAUAAUUCAGUUUGUGAAGUCAGUUUGCAUAGAUAGUCGUGUAACUUUGUGUAGAGAGUGUUUGGAUGUGUUGACAGCAGUUACUGUCUGCAAAUAAUGCUGCUUGAGAUUUGCUCUGUAUUCAGUUCACCGCCUCAUGUCCCUUGCAUAGGCAGGCCAAAAACUAAAUAAUGGCCU